AUGCCAGGGUCUCCAGAAUUAGCAGCAAGAGCUGCAAACAGCAAUAGCGAAGGCCGAAAUAGAAUGAAACAUAUUCAGAGCGCACUGAGAUUAACAUCUUCGUUGUCUGCGAUAAAAUCUUCAGAGCUGGUUACUGCAAAACAGAAUUUAGUUUCGCCCAGAUGGACUCGCGAGAUAUUCCAUCCUAAUACUUCAAAGGACAAUGACAUGAACGGUCGCAAACGCAGUAUAGGUACUGACCUUUGGCAAUCACUCGAGUCAAACGAGUCGCGUUUGGCUUCCCAACCAACACCAACAUCAAAGUCAUUUGGUCACAAAUCCAUUUACAUCAAAGUUAACAAAACGUUACUAUUACAGAGACAGCUGACACUGUUGAGUUCAGAUUAUUUUCGAAACAUUACUCGUGCUGAGCUGACUUCCAUGGCAUGGACAAGUUCAGAUAAGGAAAAAAUCACACCAGCGAUUGUUCAAAUCACCAAUCAUUUUAAUCAGAUUGCCAUCUGGGUCGCACAUCAAAUUCUCAAAGCAAAAACAUCAAAAGAGCGGUUUCAACUCAUUUGUUAUUUCAUUCGUGUAUCAAAGCAACAGGGAUGUUUGGAUUGUAACAACUUUGAUUCUGUACGCAGUAUUGUGGCAGGCUUACAAUCAACUCCGGUUCAUCGUUUGGAGCGAACCUGGGCGAUGAUUGGGCGACGUGAAAGAGCCGUGUUUGACAAGAUUGCUGAAAUAGCAUCCAUGGAAAACAACAAUGAUACCUAUAGACGCCGAUUAGAAAACACAAAACCUCCGUUUGUGCCAUACCUAGGCACUCACCUUGGUGAUAUUACGUUCACGUAUGAAUGCCUGAAAAAAGAUAAAGGAAAUCCACAAAGAAUACAGCAGUACGAGGAGCGUGACACACAGUUUAAUCAGUUGAUAGACGACAUUGAACGAUGGAAAUCAACGUGCAUAUACAAUUUUCCAAGGAUCAAAUGCAUUUUGGAUGCCAUUACUCAUAACGUCAUACAUCCGGAUCAACUGCGUGGAACUCAAGACGACCAUUAUCGACUUAGCUAUCUUAUUGAAGCAAGAUCAGGUCCAGCACCCAUAUCUAUACCUCCAACUAAGACGGAAGGAGAAUUUGAUCUUACAACGGACAAAGGGCGACAUUCAAUGAGAAAAUUUGAUUUCUCGUUAAAAACAAAUGUUGGUACAGCGGGUGCAUUUCUACCCAUGGUAUCGUCGAAUCGACGAGGAAAGCAAGAUAAAACCACACCUUCAACUCCCCAGACGGGAGUUCCACCUGAAAAUAACAGUUUAAAGCCAGGAAAUGGCUUGGGUGUAGAUUCAGGAUGGCCAGACGAUUAUCAAAAAAACAGCGAUUCAGAUUCACGAUCAUGGACACUUCCGUCUAAAAAACCAAAACGUGAGCGACCUCGAUUGGACAAUGUGUUUGUAAUGGGAAACGAGCAAUUCAAUAUACCCGAAGUACUUCAAAAUUCAAAUGUAAAAGUGUUUGAGUCUGAAUCUGAAAUGCCAACGACAUCUCAUUCGGAUAGUUACAGCUUAUCCGCAGUGUCCCCAUGGCCACAACCACCACUGAAUGCAUCACAUAGUGGCUCUAUAAAAUCAGCUAUAACUAGAGAUCGCUCUUCAUCCACUGCUGCUGAUUCCAGUAUAGGAAGAGAUAGUUAUAGACAAAAAGUGGUGAAUGGCAUUAUGAAGCCAUUCCGUAGGCCUCAAUCAGAAUCUCACUCACAUGUGCAAGAUGCUAUCGAUACUAGUACUGAUCGCGACCAAACCUCUUUUAAAAAUCUUUUAAACCAUACAACUUGGCCACAAAAAGAAUCCAAAGAUUCGACGGAUAUCCAAAUAGCAAGAAGUUCCAAGUACAGCUAUUCAUCAAAUCAACUUGACGAUGAGCCCGGAUCAUUAUCGUCUCUAAAAAGUUUAACAAGUGUAGGAAGUAAAACGUUUGACACUGAUGAAUUUCAACAGGACAAUAUAUCUGUCACAUCGCAACUAUCCCAAGAUGCUUUUGAGGCCACUUUAGAACCACUCAUUAGACAUACUCGCGCCAAAAGUGAGGGUGGUUUAUUCACUAGCACUCACUCUAUACAAGGUGUAACAGUAUAUGCCCACCCAGCUCGACUAGUAACCGCUACGAUUUCAGAAGUUGAAGCUACUAAACCAGUUGGAAAACUCACCAGAUUACUUCAAGGUGUGCUCUUCAAAAAAGAUGUGCCAUCAAUAUCAGGACAGCGUUCAACAAAGCGUGACUGGAUACAGGUAUGGUGCGUGCUAGAAGAAAACGAGUUUACACUGUAUCAGUAUGACAAGAAUAUGAAAGGGCCAACAUUUAUUGCUGCGUCAACCCGACGACAGUUGUGUUCACCUACUGGAUCCAAAUUUCCAAGCAGAUCUCCAGAAAAUACCAUUCCAGGAAAGUCCAUGGAUGCGUUACUGCCAAAGUCCCGAGGAACCUCGCCGCAAAACCUAGAGAGUGUACAAGUAGGAGGAUCGUUGGAAAGAUCUCACGCAGAAGGACUGAUAGAAAGAUCACAAGCAGAGGAUGUAAUUAACUCGACUAAAAAUGUUUCUAAAGACUCGCCUAGUAAAGUGGGAUGGAAUAUCACUGAAUCUUUUGCAGAUUUAAGCUUUCCAGGCUCCAAAAAUCGAUUGAAAAAAGACGCAGGCAAAGCAGUGAUUGAUUCUAGUGUAAAUAGCUCAAAUACUUUGCGGUCUACAGCGGAUAUUAUAGAAAAGAUCACUUUCAGCACCAUAACCAAAGUAGACACAGUUGAAGGCCACAGCAAACAAAAUAAUGUGUUUAUGAUACAGAUCAGCAAUGACCGAAAGAUUCUAUUACAGGCAAGCUCCUUGAUAGAAAUGCAAAGCUGGGUGGAAGCUAUUCGAGCUGGAAUUGAAGCGCUGAAUAUGCCAUUUUAG